AUGAAGAACAGAACAGAGGUGAGUGAGUUCAUUCUCAAAGGAAUAACAGAUACUCCAGAGCUUCAAGUUCCCCUUCUGAUAAUAUUCACUAUUAUCUAUCUGAUCAUCCUUGUGGGGAACUUGGGGAUAGUAGUCAUUAUAUCCUGGGACUCCCGCUUGCAUACUCCAAUGUACUUUUUUCUCAGUAAUCUCUCUCUAGUAGAUUUUGGUUAUUCCUCAGCUGUCACACCCAAGGUUAUGGCUGGUUUUCUCACAGGGGGAAAGGUUAUCUCCUACAAUGGAUGUGCUGCACAAAUGUUCUUCUUUUCAAGUUUUGUCACCACUGAAAUUUAUCUCCUGGCUGUUAUGGCCUAUGAUCGACACACAGCUGUGUGUAGGCCCCUACAUUAUACCACCAUCAUGACAUCGAGUGUAUGUACAUAUCUGACCAUUAUUGCACACGUUAGUGGAUUUUUUAAUUCCGCUAUUGUCACUGGACAGACCUUUAGCCUCUCCUUCUGUGGAUCCAAUGUCAUCCAUCACUUCUUCUGUGACAUCCCUCCUCUCCUGGCUCUCUCCUGCUCUGAUGUAUACAUCAAUGAAGUGAUACUCUUUAUCUUAGGAGGAUUCACUGCUACCUUUGGACUUCUAUUUAUCUGCAUUUCCUAUUCAUUCAUCUUUGCUGCCAUCCUGAAGAUCCAAUCUACUGAGGGCCGCCAGAAAGCCUUCUCUACUUGUGCUUCUCACCUCUCUGUGGUGUCCAUAUUUUAUGGAACAGUCAUCUUUAUGUACUUACAACCCAACUCUAACCAUUCUAUGGACACAGACAAAAUGACUUCAAUAUUCUACACCAUGAUCAUUCCCAUGUUGAACCCUCUAGUCUAUACCAUGAGGAAUAAAGAGAUUCAUGUGGCUUUCAGGAAAGUUUUAUGGGGGAAAAGACUUCAUAAGGCUUAG